AUGCCCGAGCCGGAAGCACGAUCGGAAAAACGUCGCCGCAUUGAUCGCGUUACAGCAGCUUGUGAUCUUUGCAAAAAGAGAAAGGUCAAAUGCGAUGGAGAGCAACCAUGCGCGUAUUGCACACGGAAGGAUCGCGCGUCUACGUGUGUGUUUAGUGGUCCAACGCGCCUUCCUAAUGAGCAGCGCACACCUCGAUCCCGUGUUCCUUCAGUGGGCCGAACACCAAACCUUCGCGAAAAUAUCGAAGAGGAAGAUGGAAAUGGUACCUCGCUUUCUCCCACUUUAAGUAGAGAAGAUCAACAAGGAGAUACAGCAGUGCCUUUGGAAGGCCGCAUACUGCGUGACGCUCAGGGAAAACUCAUCUUUAUUGGCGACUGCGCUCCACUGUCCUUCUUGCAAACAGUAAGGCAUCUCAUCACGUCUGAAGUUGACUCAGGGGUUGCUGUCCAAGCUGCGCGAGACCCCAUCAUCGAAAUAACCCGACCGGAAUCUACAGAUCCACAGCAGUGUCCCUCGAUCGACCCAGAUGAAGUGGAUAUGCUAGUCAAGGAAUAUGUUACUGCCACUGGCGGCCUCGUUCAAUUGUUCCAACCCGAGGACUUGGCACCCGAGUUGAAGAGUUGGGCAAAUGGCCGUCGGUUAAGCUCAGAUGAUGCUGCAUCAGCCGUUUUCUAUCUUGUACUUUCUAUUGGCGCACAAGAGCAGUUCGAAGACAAGGCAGAAGCUUGGUUCAGACGUGCUCGGGACCUGCUCCUAAAGUACAUGUGUAGCAGCAUGAACGUUUCAACCGUUCAGGGGUUUACACUCGUCGCGGUCUUCAUGCUCAGAGCAUCACAGCCGAAUGGCGCGUAUUUAUACUUUUCUUUGGCUGCGCGUGCCGCGUAUGCGAUUGGUAUUCACCGAACAGAAGUUAACGCUUCUUUUGGUGGAAAUAUCAAAGUAGUGAGAGAUCGCAUCUGGAAAAGUCUACGAGUUGUGGAUCAGCUUAUAAGUAACGUUCUAGGUCGACCUCCUUCAACGUCCGAUGUUGAUUGCACCGUCAAAUAUAACGCCCCAGAAGAGCCGCUAGUCGACUUUAGCGCAAAUGUGCUGGAUGCUAGCGUUCAGAUCUUCAUGAUCAUCGAACGCGUAGUCGUCGAGGUGUAUUCUCGCAAGCGCAUAUCCUUACGGAUCGCCGAUUAUGUCUCGAGGCAGCUGAAGAACUGGGCGUCGAAAUGGCUACGAAAGCUUUCGGAUAUCACCAACAAGCAAGACGCCCGUGAGGCUGCAGUUGGUGCUUGUUCCACACUGUGCUCUUAUUACUACGGAAUCAUGUUACUUACCCGACCCUUCCUCAUAUACGAGCUAUACGAGUACAUAGGAACUUCUUUAAGAAGCGGGGGAACACAGGCUGACCAUCAGGAGAAGCGCAAGUAUGCAGACGCGGCACUCGAUGCUGCUGCGACACUCGUGGAUACUUUGCUGGUACUGAUCAAUGCAGACCAGUUGCCUCGCAAGAUGCCCCUGAUAGUAUCCUGGCUUUUUACUGCUACACUCGUUCUGACGGUGGGGAUCAUGGGCAACUCCGGCCUCACGUUAGAGGAUAGUUGCAAGGAUGCAAUUACCUGCAUGGACUAUUUUGGUAGGGUUGACCCUCACGCCCGUCAAUAUUCGCAGGUUGCCCAAUCUCUACUCAAGAUCACCACUGCGCAUGCAAAGAAAAGAGCACUGCACCUGCGCCGAAAACGAAAGGAAGCUUCCUCGGAGCUUUUUGGUUUAUUGUCAUCUGAUCAAGCUCUUAGAGCAUCUACGGCAAAUGGCGGCCAACUACGGCGGAGUUCUGAGACCUUAGGCACCCGGGACUCUGCCCAGCGCAACCUCCCCGCUUCGGCGUCACUUGAUUGGACUAUCUACGAUGCGGACUUUUUCGCCUUGCCGUGGGCGAAUGAAAACGACCAAGGCCUCCAAGAUUUCCUCCAGCCGGGCACCCAUAACCUUGAGGGCGCAUCAGUGGCCGACAUACCUCUGUUUCCCAUCUAUGACCAACAUACGGGGAGCGGCUUGUUCCCGUAG